AUGGAUAGGAUCAGUUGCUUACCGAACUAUAUCCUUUGCGAAAUUCUCUCAUACCUCCCAACAAAACAAGCUGGAUCCACCAGCCUCCUCUCUCGCAGAUGGCGCCACGUUUGGAAGGAUCUCCAAGUCAUUGACAUAGAUGAUAGACACUUUCGGGAUGAAGAUCCAUUUGAUUCUUACGUCAAUGCUAUUAUUCUAACUCAGCGCAAUGCAGAUUACUCCAUCGAAAAGUUCCGCCUAGCAUGCGAAACGAAUUCAACGGAUCUCAUCUUAACAUGGCUUGAUGCCGUCAUUGGCCCCCAUCUCCGGGAACUAUAUCUCAACCUUCAUGUAAAUGUAAGGUUUGGACUCAAGUUGCCUGAAGCCAUAUUCACUUGUCCAUUACUCAAGUCCCUUGUUUUGAAACGUAAAAUUUCUUUGAAUUAUGGUCCAGAGUUUCCAAAUGUUUAUCUUCCAUCCCUCAAGAACCUAAAGCUAAAGUUGUUUAUCCCCUAUGUGCACCCCAACAAGCUUUUAUCUGGCUGCCCUGUUCUUGAAAAUCUUACGCUCAUUCUCGCGAACGAUACCCCAGAUGCUCGUAAUGUUUAUGUACCUACAAUCCAGAUGCCUCGGACAUUGAAAAGUUUAACCUUUGAAGAUGACACUAUCGUGCUUGAUGAGAUUUACCAUCGUGUGAUAGACACGCCUUCUCUUGAAUACCUCAAUAUCAAAAUAACCAUCCCAAAGAACUCAGAGCUACUGGUUUCGUUUAGCAGUUUCCCUAACACGGUGGAGGCACAUCUUGAUAUUGAUCAUGCACGUGUUGAGCAUGGCGCUUGGUGCUUAUUUAGUGCUCCAGCUUUCAAGUUUCCAGAAUUUCACCGCUUGGUCAAUCUAGAAGUUGAUGUUCCAUGUUUCAACACAAACUUCAUGCUAAACUUCCUUCAUAAUUGUCAUGUACUUGAAGGUCUUGUAGUUGGUAUUUGGACGGGAUUUGAUUCUUACACGAUGGAGUAUCAUGGGCCAACACCACCAACCAUGGUUCCCAAUUGUGUGACAUCAUAUCUCAAGAGUGUUGAGUUUAGAGUAUAUCAAGACACUGCAGAUGAGCGUGAAUUUAUUGUAUAUCUUUUACAAAAAGGACUUGUUUUGAAGACAGUGACAAUUUCUCUUGAUCCUGAUUUCGAUCAAGAGACAAAGUACGAAUUUGUCAGGGAAUUAUAUGCUGAAUUAUAUGCUAUACCAAGGGGCUCUACAACAUGUCAGCUAAAUAUUUGGCCAUAA